AUGACACCUCUCGAUAGCGAUGGCGAUCUCUCGCUGUCUGGAAUGCCUGCUGAGAUCCUCUCAGCCAUCAUCAAACUUGCCGGUUCUGGGGCCCUUCCAGCCUUGCGUCUUACAAACAAGCGCCUCUGCGCAGUCUCGAACGAUCGUUUCGCACUCCAGCACUUCUCCGAGCGCAGGCAUGUUGCGUCUGCUUAUAGCAUGGAUGCUCUUAUCGAGAUCACCGCACACCCUUUCUUCGGCAAGUUCGUCAAAACAGUCAUGGUCAGCGGUUAUCGGCCAAAGCUACUGACGCCGCAAGAAAGUUCUAAGAAGUGUCUUGGCUGUGGUCAACCUCAAAGCCAGUCCUAUUGUACCAGUCCUGCCGUUCACAAUCUUACAUUGAACCAGGUGCAACUUGCGGAGAAGCUUGAAGAGGUGUUCUCCAAUAUCAAGCGCAGCUCAUCCUCAGUAACCAUCGGAGUUCGCGACUGCAGGGAAGAUUGCUAUGGCUCUUCCGGCUACAUGAAGUACGAUAGGUGCAGCGAAUAUGAGGAAAGCGAACUGGAUUACAAGAAAUUCGCCGCUAUCUUUCGCGUCCGCCGACGCCAAAGAAACGGAUCGUAUGAUAUUAUCGGGACUUUCAAAGCAAUCCUCCAAGCGGCCCAGGUGUCUGGAUGCGAGAUUGAGGGCAUCAAGCUUGACAUCUCUGGCGGUCGCAUGCCACGGAUCGAUAACAUUGCCCAUCGAAAGGAGAUCCUCACCAUCUUGAGCCAUUAUGUCGAUCGGCUACCUCAAACGCUGAACUUUGGGUUGAGCUUCCGACCGGAAUACAUAGGCGAUCCUCAAACAAUAUAUCUGAAGUACGAUCGCAGUGGAAGUCGGCUUGGACUGUCUGGAUACAGCUUCGGGUGGACUGGUGACAACGAUACAGUUCCCAGCACACUGGCCAUGCUCGUUCGACUCCAAACCUAUCCAAUUGUUUCAGUCAAGCUCGAAAAUUGCAGCUUCAACGAACUGGACUCGUUGUGGAUAUCCCAAAGUCCUACACUCAGAAGGCUUACACUGCGUAGUGUGGCUCUUUACACAGGAUUCUUCGAGAAAAACUUUUGGAGCAGCCUCCUUGACAGACUCUCUCGCAAGAAUCACCUGCAGCAUCUUGAGCUCCACCAUGCUCGUUAUAUGUUUUUCCACCAGGGAGGACACUCUAUGCAAUUCCAGCUUUCAACUGGGUGGUACAGACUCAAUAAUGAAUUACAGUGGGACCAGCCUUGGUUCACAUUGGCACCUUCAGGAGACGUGAAUGAGAGCAUGAUCUUGACGGACCAAACAAGCAUCUCUGUUCAACUCAAGGCAUUGGCAGACCAAGUGGCACAAAUGGAGGUCGACAAGGUUGCUGAGGUCAAAAGAGACGGGUUUCUUCGUACCAACAUCGUUGGCAUCUGUCAGGAUGUCCCACCAGACAAGAAUGUCAUGUCUGAAGAAGAUGACCGUGACGAGGUGCAAGAUGGCGAGAGCGGUCGGACCACUGACGCUCACCACAGACACAGCGAAAACGACAAUCAUCACGAGCUCGAAAACAACCACUGA